AUGAAAGAGAUUGGAUUAGCAUCAAUUGAAGGAUCAGAUAGCACAACACCAUUUCAUUAUUUAGUUAGAAGAUGGGAUGCGAUUAUAUCACCAAAGAUAUUAACAAUGAUUAUUAAAAAUGAACCAAAUAUAGUGAAUGCAUUAGGACACAACUCAGAGACACCAUUACAUCAUGCUUGUUUAAAGAAUUGUGAAGAGAGUAUUUCAUUUUUAUUGACUCAUAAAGCAGAUAUCAAUAAGAGAUCAAAGAAUGGUGAAACUUGUUUAUCAUUUGCAAUUCGUGCUGGUUAUAAAGGUGUCAUUAAAUUAUUAUUGGAACAUGGUGCUGACGCUGAUUCAUACAAAGUUGCCUAUAGAUUAUCGAUGGAGUUGGGAAUGCACGAUAUUCAAAAUAUGGUCGAAGAAUCUCAACAAUCCUUAAAGAUCAGAUCAAAUACUCUUAAAGAUUAUAAAAAGGGUUUAAUCAAUAGAUCAAAUGGUAAAAAUAAGGGUUGGAAAAAAGUUUGGUUAGUUUUAAAUGGUCAAAAUUUGAAAUCUUAUCAAUCUGAAUUAGAAAUUGAUACAGUAUUAUAUGAAAUUCAAUUGAAAGAUAUUGAAACAAUUACAACCGAAGAACAACCAAAUAAUCCAUUUUCAUUUAUUGUUUCAACCAAAGAUGGAUAUAAAACUAUAUUUAGUACAGAUGAUAAACUUUCAAUGGCAAAAUGGAUUUUAGCAAUAGAUGGUUUAAAAACAAGAUGCUUUAAUUCUUGUAUUAAUCAAUUCUUAAAGAAAGUAUUAUUACAUAGUGUAUAUAAAGAAAGUUAUAAAGGUGGAUUUAUUAAAUCUUCAUUUGAUGAAGAAUGGAUGUAUAGUAGUGAUGGUAUUUUAGAAUGUUCAGAAUCAUCUUGGAAUAAAGGUGGUGCAAGUAAUAAUAUGACUUAUUUAUGGGAUGGUCAACAAUUGGUACCACAAAAUGGUUCACAUUCAUUUGGUUGGGGUAGAUUUAAUGGUUUCAUAUUCGAGUGGAGAGUUGGUGAUUUCUGUCUAGAUAAAACUACUCAAAAAACAAAAGAAUACUAUUGGGAAGAGAUAGAAAGAGAAUAUAUCACUGAAGAUAUUCAACAAUGUUGGAAAUGGACUAGACAUUUCCUUACACUAAAACAUGGUGUUGGUGAAUGGAUCGUUGAAGGUGAAGUACCUGAACCAGUUGUAUUUUUCUUAUCACUUUUAAGAUAUAGUAGAUUAGCUGAAUCUGAAAAAUUAAAACAACAAUCUCAAAUAACCUCUCCUGAUAUUAAUAAUAAUGUUAAUAAUAAUAAUAAUAACAAUAAUAAUAAUAUUAAUGAAAAUAGUAGUAAUAAUAAUGAAAAUAGUAGUAAUAAUAAUAAUGAAAAUAGUAAUGAUAUAAAUAGUAGUAAUAAUGAUAUUGAAAAUAAUAUAAAAAAUAGUUGUAGUAGUAAUAAUAAUAAUAAUAAUCACAAUGAAAAUAUUUUAAAUAAUAAUAUAGAUAAAAUUAAUCACUCAAUAGAUAAAAUGAAUAUUCAUGAUUCUGUUAGUAUUUGUAGCAAUAAUAAUAGUACAACUUGUGAAAUUAAAGAGGCUUAA